AUGGAAGUAAGCUUGUGGGAAAUUGAGUUGUUGAUGAAAGAACGAGCCAGAGAAAUUGUUCAGCGAUGUGGAUGUCGGCUACUUGAGACACAUGGUUUGCCAUGUAAAUGUAAGAUGGAUGCACUUAGUGAUGCCGGCAUGGAGUUACACCCUUACCACUUACAUCGAUUCUGGUCAUCUUUGGUGUAUGAGAGUCCUCCUGAUGGUGCAAAAUGGGAGGACCAUGAUGCCACUGACCGUGGAAUUUUUACAGCCAUGGUGGAGGAUGUGUACAGGCAAGGACCAGCUGCUGUCCGGAAGGCAUCUUAA